UAUAAACAAAGCUCACCGAAAAACCAUACUAGUUUUCCUUUGCUUAAUGUGACUGGGAGAAGGAAGUACUUCAGCAUCUAUGAUGUAUAACAGUGUUCCAGACUCCAGCUUAAAACCGACAGCGUUCUUAUGUUUCUUGUGCUUGUUUGCUUCCUUGGCUCGAGGGAAUGAAUUUUACAUUCCACGUUUCAGUGAAGCAUGUGAUAUUUUUGGUUUACAUAUAAAAGCUAGCUUUUACUAUCCCUUCAGCGGAAUGAUGUACUCAAAAGAUAAACUUUGCAGUGAGAUUAUUCCUGAGAAAUCACCUGCAUUAACAGUAUCGCUGGACUUGCCGUUAUCAGCCUGCGGUUCACAAGUGAUAGGAACUGGACCGUACUAUGUAAAUAAUACGAUUACUGUUGAGUAUUUCAACUCCUCGUAUGCUAUUAAAAAUCAGAUUUUGUGUGAAAUUCCUCCUAUAGAAGAUAACUCUUGGACGGAGAAGAGAGGAAGUAACUGGAAUAGCUAUAGAGUUACAGAUUUGAACCUGUGGUUUGAUUUGAAAUCUGCAAGCGAAGUAGAUAUGGACUUGCCACAGCUAAAUUCCAGUAAUGAAUUAUUCCUCAUAUUCCAUAUGAAAGACGAAGGUCAAAGUAAAGAUAUGAGAAUACACAAUUGUUACACUAAUGAUGUAGAAAUCAAUACAGCGACUGUGCAUAGAUUGUCUGAUCCAGUAGGUUGCCCCCGUUCGUACGAUAUUUUGACUUUCAGUAUUAUAAAGCAUAAAAUGCCCGACAUCUUGGCUUACGCAUUAAUAAAUUUCGCUGUGCCGCUAAAAAACGCAUUGUAUUUAACUUGCGAUGUAGUACUUUGCAAGAAUGUCUGCCCAGACUUCUGUAAUUACACUUUCAUAAAACAUAAUACAGUUAAACACAGUAAAGUAAAAAAUAUUGAUGAAGCUCACAGUUCUGUUUUUCCCAACCGAAAUCGGAGAAGAAACCAUCGCAUGGUACCUAAUGUUAAAAAUUUAACAGCCGUACGGUUUGUCGACAAGCAGAAAAAUGACACUGAUUUUGAAGGAAGUUUGCGGAACUUUUUGAAAGAGAAAGUUAUAAUUAAGAACUUUACAGUUGUGCCCGAAACAAAAGAGAUAAUGGAACUGCCGUCUUUACAAGAAGGGCGUCAAAUUAAUUCACCAGAAAAAUUUUUUCCAAGGAACGGGUCAUAUACGCGAUCUCUUGCAGUCUUGCCUUCACCGGUAUUAAACGUUAUCACAGAUUUAAAUGAUACGAAUAUUUCUUCAGGCAAGCUAGAAAUUUUAAACUUGCCAUUCGCGUCUCCCUGGACAGAGAAGAGGGAUGGGCCAGAAAUUUCAAAUUCUCUGCCACUGUUUGGGCCUUCCAGAACAACCCAGAAAACGUUGUCUAAUAAUAAAUUCGAAGAUAUCUACGAGACAGUUACUUUCGAAGUAACAGCGAAACUCUCAGCUAUGCCACAAGAAACCAUUUCACAAAUUAUUCGUGUUAGCAAAGAAUUUACCCCGAAUUGUACAAUUCCAUGGUGGUAUACUUUACUAAUUUGUCUGCUCUGCAUUAUGUUAGUUUGUCUAACAUUUGGUUGCAUUCUAUUCAUUCGUCGUCCUCCUCGAAGAACAAGAAAUGAAAGCCAAGGUGAAAUUAAUCUGUGUAUGAACCGCUUGGACUAAAGUUAUUUUCAGUACGUGUCUUCACUAUUUACAAAGCCUUCGCUGCUUAUUAUUUUAACUUUUUGAUACCAUUUUUAUUAAUCAAUUGACAAAUCGUUUUUAGAUUUUUUCCAUAUUUUAACUUGUUAUAAAUUACAUUUUUAAAAUGCUGUAACUUUGUUGAAAUUAAAUGGUUGCUCAA